UUGGGUCACUUCCGGGUUGUAGAAAAUGACAUGCAGGCUGAAGCGAAUAUGCACCAGUGUAAAGCAUAGCGUCUAUUUUCAACACGUAUUUUCGUUGUCAGCUAUUUGUUCUCUUUAUUGUCAAAACUUUCAACCCAGGGCUGUCAAGUCGAUGUCGAAUUAGGAUGGAGUCAUAGGUUGCGCUAUGAGCAGGAGCGGAGACCAACAGCACUGCAGAACUAGAGAAUUCUUGGAAAGGAUCUUUACAAUGAAAGUUGGGGAAUUUACAGCUGGCUAAAUAUAGAUAGGAAAUCCCAGCGCUUCGAGAACAAGGGAAGAAGGAGUUAAAUCAUUUCACAUUGGGGAAACUGCUCGACCUCGUUGUAUACGCUAUAUAUUUAUUUCAAGCCGAGAGCAUUUAUUUGUUUGCAGUGACUUGAUUCAAGGCGUACAUACUGUAUUUAAGUUUAACUGACAUUACGGUCUUACCGGGUACUUCCCGCAGUUUAAUACUAUGGACAGUUCUGUACAGCAGGACUCAGGAAAAGCAGGUCUGAAAGAUUGACAGGAAAAGAGAAUGUACAGCAGCUCUGGGACUGUCUGAUUAGCCAGAACUUAUGUGCGUGUGACCGGCAUACACGUAUGUAUAACCAAGGUAAAUGCGAAAGUGGACAUUUUGCAGCCGGGUAUGAGAGAUUAUAAAGACUUCCCAGAUAAGUAAAAGCACGUCAAACUGAUAAGGACCCAUAUGUGUAAUCUAUACCCGUGAUAUAGAUUAUUGCAUAGACUGUCUCUAUCUAAAAUUCGUACAUGACCGCGGGAGUACCUGUGGUUCACAUUAAGCUGGUAAGAGGAACUGCCAUAUAAUAUAGCACAAUUAUAUUUGAUAUUUAAUUGAGAAUGGCAACGGCGUCGAGUAGCAGCGUGUUUGAUGGCCAUGCGUUCACAACAGCACUUGAAAAAGGUAUUCUGAAUUGCAAACUUUGCUCCAACGAAUAUACUGACCCACGUGUUCUUCCGUGUUUCCACUCGUUUUGCGCCUCUUGCCUGAUAAAACACACGGGGUAUCGACCUUCAGAGUACUUCUCUCUCACCGAGGGAUCGUCCCCUCGAAGAGCUCACACAUCGAGACCCCCUAUAGUGGAAUUUCCGUGUCCUACGUGCGGAGUCUCGACCCCAGUUCCCCGUGGGGACGGCACAGAGAAGGGUGAAUUUCCCCAAAAUAUAUUCCUGCAGAAAGUGCAGGCAGCUGCGGCAAGAAAGAAAGCCGUUGAUUCCCACUGCGGCAACUACCCAGAAAGUUGCCAAGAUGGAGGCACGGAGAAUGUCCAGUACUGUAUAGAAUGUGGAGCACAUUAUUGCCCCGAAUGCAGAGCCAAGCACGACAGCAUGAAACCACUGAAAGGACACCGAUUUAUAUCGGCUGCCGACGCCACUGGGUUUAUAACAGAGGAGUCACUAAAAGAAGCGCUUUUCUGCGAAAUCCACCGAGGGGAAGAAUUGAAGUUUUACUGCGAAGAAGACGGCUGUGUCGUCUGUCGCGACUGUAGCGUCACCAAACACAAACCGCACACGGUUCUCGACAUCAAGGGCGCGAUAAUUGAAAAUACCAAGGGGAAAAUAUCCACUUUGGUGAGCGAAGGAAUCAAACUGGCCUACCAGUCGGAACACUCGGGAGGAGACUGUCAACAUCAGCUCGAGAUGUGUGAAGAAAAAAUUCGCCGCCAGAAAGACGAGAUUCAGACCGAGGCUGACAACCUCAAAGCGAUGAUUGACGUUGAGUGCCAGCGCCUCUGUAACAAAGUGGACCAGCAUUUCGGUAGCAGAAUGGAGCAGAUACGCAAAGAUAAGGAACUUUUCGAGAAAAAUCAAACCAAAGUCAAUGAUGUGAUAGAGUUCACCGAGAAGCUGCUAAAAUACGGCAGCGAGCCAGUAAUUAUGACACACGCCAAAGCGCUGAAGAAGAAACUUCGCGAGCUGACUUUGUUAAAGACAAGCGGUGCUCCGGAGAGGGCCGAAAUUGACGUCACCUUCGUACCUAAGCAACCAACGUCACAUGACAUUGCAAAUUUGCUAGGCGUACUUCAUGAUGGUAGAAAAGAAGGUUCCCAGAGUUCACUGCCUGAAAGUUACAGAGUUCAGGACGAAAUCGAGAGCAGCUCUAGCACGUUGACCGAACCGAUCGACAUUCCCACGCCUAAAGUUCCUCUUCCCAGCCCUGGGACACCGAAUUCUCAGUGGCAGCCACCAAAUCACGAGAGCCCCGAUGAAGGCAGAGCUAGCUUCUCCAGUCGUCGAGAGACGCCCGAUGUCACUGCGCCGCCAGGGGGGCUAGGGGUUACAUGUACUUUCAACGCACGGAUGCCGAAGGAAAAGUCGUGUCGAUUGUACGGCUGUGCUAUUGAUGAGAAUGGUGAUAUUUACAUCACCGACGAAGGGAACAAAAAGAUGAAGCUUUUUGCCCACACGGGACAUUUAAAAUCAGAAAUGAAGUUGACAGCAAACUGGCCGGCAGGAAUCGCCAUCUUGAAGAAAGGUCACGUCGUGAUAUCAGAUAACAGCAAAGCGAACUUUUACGACAACCUCUUCAAAAACCCUCGUGGAAAAGUAGACAUUUUCAUGCCGAAAACUGAACUGCUAAUCAAAUCUAUAGGAGAAGACAAGGUUAAAAAACCUUGGGGAGUAGCAACCAACAGCCGGGGAGAAAUACUGGUGUGUGACGUGCACAGCAAGUGCUUGUUUAUCUUCGAACCGGGCGGCUCAUACAAAACCGUCAUAUCGCUGGCUCAGUGUAGUUACCCAAUGGACAUCGCUGUCAGUCCCACUAAUGAUACAGUCUUCGUCUCCGACUCCCACGGGCACCAGAUCAUCGGUUUAGGCGUCCAUGGGGAGCCUCUAAUGAGAUAUGGAAGCAAAAGUCAGCAAGCCGGCUCGGGGAUAGGAGAAUUGAAAUUCCCGCGCGGGAUCUGCGUCGAUCAUCGUGGUCACGUGUUCAUCGCCGACUCAGAAAACGGUCGAGUGGUGCAGUUACAUCCUGAUUGCAGCUUUUUUAAAGAGGUGGAUAUUCCCGGCCUUGAGCAGCCCGUGGCCGUAGCGGUCAAUUCCAAAGGUCAGUUGGCGGUUGUGGAAUACAAGGGCAUCGUGCACGUGGUCCAGUACCUCAAAAUUGACUCGGAAUAAAUUCAGAUAAUAUUGAUACAAUUUACGCUUCUUUACUGAAAAUUUUCAGCAAAAAGAAGAAAAACUAAGACAUCAGCGAUACUGUGACUGAAUUAAGCAAAAAUGAAAGGAAAGUUUGUGUGAUUUUGUUUUUUCAUCUACUCACCAGUACAAAAACUAUAUAUAUA